GACGCAGCUUCACAUGAUCUGAAUCAAAUUUGCUUCAGCUCUCUCUCUCUCUGUGCGCCGUGUGGCAAUUGGAUCAUGGAUUGAGCGAAUGCUCUUUACUUUACGAUCGGUUUCAUCGAUUAAAGUUUGGAUUUUUUGUGUGGGGUUUGCAUAUGCUUUUGAGCUUCCGUGACGUCUUUGUUUCUGCUCCAUCCAAAUUCAAUUUAGAUCUUCUUUUGAGUCUCAAAGUCUCGAUUUUUACGAGUCCCUUCUCCAGAAGGUUUUAUGGGUUUGGAAUUGAGAUUGGUUGGAUCAAUCUAUUACUUUCGUUGAUCUUGUUUGAUUGAAGUGAAGGGAUUGAAGUGAAGAGAUGGAGAAUGUGUCCAUGUCCACCUCCAUUAUCAACCUCCCUGAUGAUUGCCUCUCCUUUAUCUACCAACGGCUUGAUAACCUCGAAGACCACGAUUCAUUCGGUUUGACUUGUCAUCGCUUUCUCAACAUCCAAAACAUAAACCGCCGCUCUCUCCAGUUCCAGUGCUCAUUAUCUCUCCUCAUCCCUUCGUGUCUCUCUCAGACAACUCCCGCUGUGAACUCGGAUCAUCUCCAUAGGCUUCUCACUCGGUUUCAGUGGCUGGAGCAUCUCUCACUCUCUGGCUGCACGGUGCUGAACGAUUCGAGUCUAGCCUCUCUCAGGUAUCCUGGCGCGAGACUGCAUAGUCUCCACUUGGACUGUUGCUAUGGGGUUUCUGAUGAUGGGAUCUCCACAGUCGCUAGCUUUUGUCCUAAUCUGAGAGUGGUUAGUCUCUACCGUUGCAGUAUCAGCGACAUUGGGUUAGAAACACUGGCAAGAGCUUGCUUGUGUUUAAGAUGCGUGAAUCUCUCGUGUUGCCCUCUGGUGUCUGACUUUGGAGUUAAAGCAUUGACACAAGCGUGCUUGCAGAUCGAGUCGGUGAAGAUCUCAAACUGCAAGAGCAUAACCGGUGUUGGCUUUAUUAACUCUUCUCCAUCUCUAGGCUACGUGGAUGCUGAGUCUUGCCAGCUUGAUCCGAAAGGUAUAGCAGGGAUCGUUAGCGGAGGCGGGGUUGAGUUUCUAAACAUCUCAGGUGCAGUUUCCUACAUCGGGAAAGACGGUUUGGUUCCCAUUGGCUCUGGCGUUGCGUCGAAACUUAGAGUCUUGAACCUAAGGAUGUGCAGAACGGUUGGUGAUGAGUCCAUAAAAGCUAUAGCGAGAGGCUGCCCGUUGCUGCAAGAGUGGAACUUGGCUUUGUGUCAUGAAGUCAGGGUUGAGGGGUGGGAAGCCGUGGGGAAGUGGUGUUGUAGCUUGAAGAAACUCCUUGUGAACCGUUGUAGGAACUUGUGUGAUCAAGGGCUGCUUGGGAUCAGAAGAGGUUGCAAGAGUCUUCAGAUGCUGUAUAUGAACGGGAAUGCGAGGCUGACGGCUACGGCGAUUGAGAUGUUUAAGUUGCACAGAGGAGAUGUCACGCUCAGGAGUGAAGAAGUUAUGGUUAUAGGACCAGAUUGGAGACUGUAUACACGAGGAUGAAGAGCAUCAAUGUUGUAAUAAAGAAUAAUAUUAUUAUGAAUACCACCAGAUAUGUCUUUAUACAACUUCACUUUCUAUUUUAUUGAGUUUUGACAUC